GCCCUCCCAGGCUGCUGCAUUCCUCCUGCAGCGUCUUGGUGCAGAAGGGGUCACAUGUUCCCCGACCGGAGGAUGUUGAGGUGGUACCCGACUAGAGGAGCGGAUGCGCUGAGCGGAUUGAGGUGUCUCAUCAGCUGACCGAGCGGCGGUCAACGUCCAUGUGCGGAUAACUACUCUUCAGGACGAGGUCGGAUCCCCCUGCGUUUCUCCUCUUUCCGGAGUGGUCUCUCCCGUGUUGCUGCCAUGUUGGCUUCAGCCUAGUGCUGCAGCCGGACUUCAGGGAGCAAAGUUUCCCUUCACCUUGUACACAAACCCCGGGUGGUCCCCGGGACGUCGCCCGAACCGCGGGACCAGUGAAGCUACCGGCCAACGCGAGGCGGAGAGGGAGAGAGAUAGAGAGAGAGAAGAGGGGAGAGAGAGAGAGACAGAGACAUAGACAUAGACACGCGAAUGCGAUGAUCGCUCUGCAGGCCAACAGAACCUGCGUGUGCAUGGGUUUGAUCUAAGGUUGCAGAUAUCCAUGCAUCAUCGGUGUUGAUCACCAGCUCAGUGAGAUGUCCGUGCAGCAGCCGGGCCGGCGGGCGGCCCACACAGGCUCCAUCCUGCUCACGCCGCAGGAGAACGACUGCCUCUUCGGGUACCUGGGCAAGAAGUGCCUGGCCCUGUGCUCCGCCGUGGUCCAGGUCUACGCCGCCGACCGGAGCUUCUCCUGGGCCAAGCGGUGCUGCGGGGUGGCCUGUCUGGUGAAGGACAACACCCAGAGGUCCUACUACAUCAGGGUGCUGGACAUCAAGGACGGGAGCAGCCUGUUUGAACAGGAGCUGUACAGCAGCUUCUCCUUCAGCAGCCCGAGGUCCUACUUCCUCAGCUUCCCCGGAGACAGCUCCCAGGUGGGGGUGAACUUCGCCAGUGAGGAGGAGGCUCGGCGGUUCCGCUCCGCCCUCAACGACCUGCUCGGCCGGCGGCAGCGCAGGGCAGGUGGACCUCUGGGGUCUGCCUCCACCCCCAGCGUGUGUUUCUCCACCCUCCUGUCCUCAGGUCCGUCGCUCCCCUUGGCCACGGUGGACAUGAAGAACCCAGAUAUCAACAGCAUGCGGUUCCAUAACUCCCAGCACCACCACCACCACCACCACCACCACCAGCAGCACCACCAGCACCACCAGCAGCAGCACCCCGCCCCCCAGCAGCAGCUCUACCAGCUGAACAACAGGCUGGUCCACCGCAAGGACAAGAAGACCAAGAGCAAGAAGAAGAGGCUCACCAAGGCGGACAUCGGCACGCCCAGCAACUUCCAGCACAUCGGCCAUGUUGGCUGGGACCCCAACACUGGGUUUGAUCUCAACAACCUGGACCCAGAGCUCAAGAACCUGUUCGACAUGUGCGGCAUCUCGGAGGCCCAGCUGAAGGACCGCGAGACGUCCAAGGUCAUCUACGAGUUCAUCGAAAAGAAGGGCGGCGUGGAGGCCGUGAAGAAUGAGCUCAGGAGACAAGCCCCCCCACCCCCACCCACCCGUGGCGGACCCCCCCCCGUCCCACCUCCCCCCCCCUCCAGAGGAGGCCGGGGAGCCCCUCCUCCGCCCCCACCCUCCAGAGCCCCCUCUUCCGCUCCCCCUCGACCCCCUCCCGCCCGGCCCGGCACCCUGGGGGCCCCUCCCCCUCCCCCUCCCCCCCCGCCCACCAGAGGGGGCCAAGCCCAUCACAAUCACCAAGCUCCUCCUACUCCCCCGGCCCAGUCUCCUCCCACUCCCACCGCUCCACCCCUCUCGAGCUCCGCCCCCGCCCCUCCCCCUCCCCCUCCGCCUCCCCCACCGGGACCCCCACCCCCCACAGAGCCCGACGGAGGAGGAGGAGGGGGGGGGAAGUCAGCCCUGCUGGAGCAGAUCCGUGGGGGUGCCCAGCUGAGGAAGGUGGAGCAGAACCCGACCCAGACCCAGACCCAGACCCCCGCCCCCCCGGGGGGCCGCGACGCCCUGCUGGACCAGAUCAGACAGGGCAUCCAGCUGAAGACUGUGACGGAGCAGCAGGACUCGGGCCCCGCCCCAUCGGCUGGGAUCGUGGGGGCGCUGAUGGAGGUGAUGCAGAAGAGGAGCCGAGCCAUCCACUCCUCAGACGACGACCCAGACGAGGAGGAGGAUGAAGACUUUGAGGAUGAUGAUGAGUGGGACGACUAGCCUACGAGACCUUCCUGUAUUUAUUGUUGCCUUUAAAUCCUUUUGUAGCGUUCACUCCUCCUUCGUUUCAUCUGGAUACCUUCCAGAGCACCCCCUUCCUCCAUUUCCUGUUUAACGAUGACAGCAUCCUGUGGUUGCAGCCCAGCUAGCUAAUAGCAGCUAAGGAGCUACGCUAGCGGUGCGUCGGGAGGUUUUUUUAUCAUGUUUCAGCGUUCCGAAGGUGAAAGGAUCUUCUGUGUUUUCAUGAUGGAUCAGAAACAGUUUUCCGAUCCUCAUUUCUUUACCAUCUCUCUGUGGUUUUCUUACUCAGUCUUAGUUUAGCACACCUACCUAAACAUCUGGACGUACUAAAGUAGGGUUGACUGAAACACUUAAAGGAUAAUGUGGCUGUUGACUUUAGUUGUUUUUUGUUGUGUGUGUGUGCGUGAGUGUGAAUAUAAAAGUUAAGGUUUGAAUAAAAAUACCAUUUAAAUCACUAUUAGGGGAGAAACUGCUAUUUCUAAAUGGAUUUUGGGAAAUGUAGCCAGUCUGUAGUCCUUCUGAGCGUACUUAGCAUCACAUUGCUACGUCUCAUUACGCUGUUACCAUGGUAACUACUAAAACUUGUUUCGCUGUAGAACGCUAGUGUUAGCAUCCGACUAUCUUACAGACACCUAAUAUCAAACUCUAACAAGCUUGUGUGACGCAACAUGUCCGUGAAUGCCUGAGAAGACAUAAAACAAGCCGAUAAUUAACCAACGUUUGGCAAAAAGCUUAUUUUAUUUGAGUGCUUUCAGACAUGGCUGCCCAUGACUUCCUGUUAUAACAGAAAGUGGGCUCUGACACGCAGCUGCACCCCAGAGACUAAACGCUGCAUCCACAGAUGAGAGUAAAAGAUUGAAAUAAAUGUUGACUUUACA